CGCACGUAACUUCAACCGAAUACCCCUACACAGUGCGGACUAGCCUGGAUAAUGUCAACGAAGAAACCUUUAUGAAGUCAGUGUGGGGUAUAAUACGUAUGUUUCUGACGUGACGGUGCUGUCAAAAACCUAGUUUGGUUGACAUAAUUUGUGCAAACAUAGUACAACAAAUAAAAUAUUGGUUUGGCUAGGUUCCUUCGGUUGAACGCCCACAUGGCAUCAGUAGAACAAGCCAAGCGGGAGCUAUGUAAGCAUGCAUUCUUACAAGUCCAGAAAUACCUGGCGGUGGCUGGCAAGGAUGGCCAGGAGUCGUUCGACUUCCGCCGCAACGUGCGCAAGAAGGACGCGCUCAACAUCGACCUGGCCACCAACAAGGAGGUCAUGGCGGAGCUGGGCAAGUUCAGGGAGACGGGCGAGGCGGCGAUGCUGGCGUCGGGGGCCAUGCAGGUCCCCCCCGCGUACGGCCCCGGUGCCGCAGCCGCCGCCAAGGCCCCCGCCAAGAGCGGCAAGGGGGGCGGCGGGGCAGCCGCAGCGGCAGGCGGCGGCCCCGCACUCCCGCCUCCUCCUCCCCUGGGCCCCCUCAAGAGCAGCUCCCUGGCAGCAGCCAAGCCCAGCAAGUCGGGCGCCAAGGGUGCAGGUGCAGGCGGCAAGGCGGAGGGCGGCCCCUCCCCCUCCUCGCCCUCGCUGCCGCCUCGGAUAGGUGCCAAGGUGAACCGCUGGUGGCCCAAUGAGGGGCAGUGGUACACGUGUGUGGUGACGGACUACAACAGCGAGACACGGCUGUACAGGCUAACGUACAACCUGGGCAGCGCGCAGGAGACGUACGAGGACUUCAACCUGGACUCCGCCGACCCCUCCGUCUUCGAGCUGACGGGGGAGAAGGUCAACCUGCUCACAAAGACAGGCAGCGCGGCGGUGAACAAUUCGGUGGUGCUGCAGCCCUUCCUACGCGGCGCGGGAGCAGCAGGCGGAGGGGGAGGAGGAGGCGGAGGGGGAGGCGGGGGAGGAGGCGGGGGAGGAGGCAGCAAGGCGAGCAAGAAGCGGCGCAACAACCACAGCAGCGACGAGGAGGAGGAGGAGGUUGACGAGGACAGCGACAGCGACUGAUCGGGUCAGGAGCGACUGAUCGGGUCAGGAGCGACUGAUCGGGUCAGGAGCGACUGAUCCGGUCAUGAGCGACUGAUCGGGUCAGGAGCGACUGAUCGGGUCAUGAGGGGCGACAAGGCCGUGCACAGCUUAGGGCGCGGAGAGGUUUAGAAAGAGAGCAGUGCUUGGUCGCUUCACAAUGGCGGCGUUGUUGGUGUUUGUGCAUAUAUUGUUUUUGUACCAUCAUACUACCUACGAUACGACUUGCCUAGGGGACUUGCCUGGCGUGACAUGUGCAACUGCCGACCAGUUGAUAUACCGGUACGUGUGGCUUGUCGUCGGUCGUAUGUUGGGAUCAGGCUCAGAAGCAGCGCCGUAGUUACGGUAAACCCUUCCGAUGCCAAGCAGGGUUAAGCGGUGGCCCGUAGGUUCUAAGGUUUGUAGUGGAGAUCAGCUACUGGUACUACUUCGCUUCAGCUACUGGCAAUACUUGGCUUCAGCGCAGCAGCCGUUAGGUUUGGUUUCUUGGGGCCGGCAGAAGGUUGCGUUGGAGUCCGGUAUGUACAACGGCACGUUGGCAACUGAAGGUAGAACAGAAGGUAUGUGUGUGGGCUUCAGGUCGCGCCCAACCAACGUUUACCGGUAGCACGAAAGGGCAUCAGGACAGAGAAGGAUCGAGGAGUCAGGCAAUCUUGUUUUUAGGCGACUUGGUGUGUUGGUGCUGCUACUUUUAUGUCUUUGGGAACACAUCUAUCUGCCUUUGAGCUGCAGGGGAAAAGGGUAUAAGCCGUAUGUUGAAGAAGUGUCGUAGUGACAGCAGUACGGCGCCCGAGAUGACUCGUACCUUCAUCUGCCUGCUAUGGUGAACAAGCCUCCACAUGGAACGCUUGCCGUACAACCAACACGCUGAGUUGCCGUACAAUUUACACGCUAUCGUUGCGAAGUAAAGUGAAACGUUGGUGCCCACUCGCCCCGUUUAUUAAUGCAAUUAAAUGUUUGCCGUGUUUAAGCGACGUGCGCAAUGCCAUGUAAACACCACCGAGCUG